UUGCCAACCUCAAUAAAAUAAUCCACAGAAGAAGGCAAAAGUGAAAGUAGAUGUGGCAAAUUUUUCUACGGUUUUCUGGAAUGUUCGCCUGUAUUCCUUCAAAUGUUCAAUAUGUUAUGGUUAAUUUAACUUCAAUCUAAGUGCAAAAUAUACUUUUUAUUUCGAAUGGGCCGAUGAAAAAAGCCUAGCCCCAAAGACCUUCUGUAGAUUUAUUGAACGCGGAGUUUUUCCUCUACUUGAUAUUUGCAUCUCCCUGUUCCAGUGAUAUGAAGAGUUAUUCGUCAGGCUCACUGGGCAUUAUUUUGAUUUCUCUACUACUGGAAACAGAGACAUCUCAUGUUGUUUCGCCUGAUCCCGUUGUUGCUGUUGCUGAUGAUGAUGUCAUUCUACCAUGUUCCCUGUUGAAUUUCACCAAGAGUGCUGGCUUGAUAGUGAAAUGGUCGAGAUCCAACCUGAAAGACCCAACUGGGAAAGACAAGGUUGUCCAUUUUUACCGUGACGCUCGUGACUCCAAUGUGGAUCAAGAUGAAUCCUACAGGGGAAGGACGUCCCUGCUUAAAGAACUGAAGAAUGGCAACGUCUCCUUAAAACUGUCCCGAGUGAAACUCUCUGAUGAAGGCAACUACAUGUGUUACAUUCUAGUUCCGGAACCGAACAGUCUAGUUCAUGAAACCGUCAUUCAACUCAUUGUUGUUGCUGUGUCCAACCCAGUGAUCUCCAUCAAUGGAACCAAAGGCAGUGGGGUGGUCCUGAAGUGUGAGGCUAAAAGCUGGUACCCCAAACCCGAGAUGAACUGGCUGGACAGUGAGAGACAGGUCCUCCCUGCUGGAUCCGCUGAGACACACAGGGACACAGAGGGCCUCUACAUUGUGAGACGCCAUGUCACCGUGAACAAGAAUGUCACCAACACGUUCACCUGUAGAGUUCAGCUUCAAAAGUUUAAUUUUACGAGGGAGACAGAGUACAAUGUUCCAGAUGAGAUGUUUCCCACAGUUCCCUGGGUGUGGAUUGCUGUUCCUGUUUUGAUAGUAUGUGUUUGUGGACUUGUGGUUGGUUUCAUGUGGAUAAAAUACCAGAAACUGAGAAAAAAGAUAGAUCAACAGAUAAAAGAACUCACUGAUGAGUUGGACAGUUCCAGAAUAAAAUCUGAUCAACGUAUAAAAGAGCUCACUGACGAGCUGGGUACACGCGAACAAGAGCUCACUGAACAGCUAGCUAAACUCAAACAAGAGAGGGCUGCACUUGUCUCUUCGGUUGAUAACGGAUGCCAUAGAUUUUCAUUCUCAAGGACGUUAUCAAUGUCACUGUCAAACAAACCACUUAGAAGAAAUACAAUGGCACAUUCAAUGACUGAGAAGGCAGAUGUCAAAGAGGAUGAAGAGACGAACCCGUUACACCAAACGAUCAGAACCGCUUGACGAGGUCGCUAGUUGGGUUAAAGGAAUAGUCCACUCAAACGUAUCUUUUUUUAAACUUUUUUUUAUUUAAUCCACUGUUGCUGAAUGUUUUGCAUGUCAGCAAUCACGUUUUCAAUACAUAGGACUUUCAAGAUGAUGUCUCCAUGAUCAUAUGCUGCACUUUGCUUCUUGAAAGUGCUAUAUCUUGAAAACCUGACUACUGACUUGCAAACAUUUUUGGGGCUGUAUCAACAUUGGACUAAUGAAACAAAUACCUUUUUUUUUUUUUUUAUUGGAGCAAUGGUACUAUUUCACACUUUCUAUGUCACACUAAUGUUAUGUCACACUAUGUAGCCUCGAGGAAGCCUUUCUUUGGAGAAGGCUCUUCAUUGGGUUCUUUGCUUUCUGAAUGGUUGCAAAAUAAUUGUCUUGCUAGAAGGUUGUGGGUGAAUUCCUGUUUUUAUGUUGCAUUAUUUCACAUCGCUUGGCCUGUGUUUUUGAUUGUUUUAUUCUACCUGUAUUGCCUCUUUAUGUUCAUGGGUUCUUUUGGGUUCUGUUGGUCAGGAACCUUAAGGGAUGUCAGCAUCUACAGUACAUUCGGAAAGUAUUCAGACCCCUCAACUUUUCCACAUUUUGUUACAUUACAGCCUUAUUCUAAAGUGGAUUCAAUUAAUAAAACAAGUCCUCAUCAAUCUACACACAAUACCCCAG